AUGUUUCCUAUAAUCCGAUAUGGACUUGAACAAAAAGGAGAUAAAAACAUAAAUUCAAUUAAUAUUGAUAAUGUUGAUAAUAGUAUUAAUAGAGAGCAGGUAUUAUUGUCGAAGAUAAAUGAAAGACUUGCCGGUAAAAGAAAGCAACGACAGCCGGCAGAAAAAGUAUCAGUAGAGGUUAAACUAAAGAAGCAAAAGACCGAGCGAAAGUACGAAGAGCGCACAACAGUUUCGAUAGAAAGUAAAAGACAUGCAUCGUCAUCAUCAGCGAUAGAAGGAUUAAAUGAAAAUAUAUUGGAAGCAUUUCCAAGAUUCGAGAUACCCAAAAAAACUGCCGCUGAAAUGGCAAUAAGUAAAAGACUAGGAAUCACCGAUUGGAUAGCGCAUCCUAUUACCAUCGAUCCAGAUAAGACAGUACCUGUUGAUAAGAAAGAUAAUGAAGGUGAUGAGAGAUUUGGGUUAUCGAAAGAAUUGAUUGCGCGAUGUAAGGCAUUGGGAAUAACUGAAUUUUUUGCGGUACAACUGGCUGUAAUCCCCAUUCUUUUAAGCUCUCGUUCACUAUUAAAUACGCAUCAUCUCUCACCACCAGGAGAUAUUUGCGUCUCGGCACCAACGGGAAGUGGCAAAACUUUGGCAUACGUGCUUCCGAUUAUUGAGAUUCUAUCAAAACGCAUUGUAACACGUCUUCGUGCACUUGUUGUACUGCCAACAAGGGACUUGGUUACUCAAGUAAAAGAAACAUUUGAGGCUUUUUGUAAAGGCACUGAUUUGAAGGUAGGAGUGAUAACGGGACAGGCAUCAUUUGCGAGCGAACAAGCACAGAUAAUUGGAAAUAAUGAGAAUAACCUCCGUCUGCUGGGUGGUCUCAGUAAAAUAGACAUACUCAUUGCUACUCCGGGAAGAUUAAUUGAUCAUUUGGCAAUUACACCUCAUUUUACAUUACAGCAUCUUCGCUAUCAAGACUGGUUACCUCACGUAUUAAAAGCCAUACAAUCGUGUACACAAACACAGAAGAUAGAUAAUAACAAUGAUGAUGGUGCAUAUUAUAACAAAGAGAACAACAAAAAUCACAAAGAACUGCAAUCUCAAUUAAUUGCUGAUUAUGACCUCUCCUCGUCCGAUUUUCUAAGUAAAGAAAUUCCGAUUCAUGACGCGGUUUGUAGUGCUACUAGUGUUUUGGGGCUACCACCAACGGACAUUUCGGAUAUACAGGAACCAUUUGUUCAAAAACUCUUAUUUUCCGCUACUCUUACACGUAAUCCCGCAAAAAUUGCAAGUCUACAAUUGACGAAUCCCCGUUAUAUUGCGGUCCAGUUACCGACUGACGAUCAAAAGCAAGGACAACUACAAACCGAGAUCAAAUACACAAUACCAAGUAGCUUAAAGGAAUACAUGAUAAUAACAUCAUCUUCAGAAAAACCUCUUGUCGUUCUUCAUCUUUUACAUAAUUAUCACGUUUCCGCGGUAUUGUGUUUCACGAAAUCAGUCGAAUCGGCUCAUCGUCUUUCAAAGCUAAUUCAAUUUUUUGAAGCUUCGUUCUCUAAUGACACGGGGAGAUCCAGUAAUAAUGACGACAAAGAUAUCGACGAAAAACAGAUAGUUGCUACUGAAUAUUCAAGUGAUUUGUCAAAAAAAGAACGGAUUAAGAUAUUAAACAAAUUUAAGGCGGGCAAGAUCCAUAUAUUAAUCUGCUCAGACUUAAUUGCUCGUGGAAUUGACCUAGAUUGCGUGGAUACCGUGAUAAAUUAUGAUGUUCCUUUGUUCAUGAAAAAAUACGUGCAUCGUGUCGGUAGAACAGCACGUGCUGGCAGAGCAGGCGAGGCUUAUUCACUCGUGGAGACUCAAGAGGCGAGGCAUUUUAAAGAAAUGCUGAAAAAAGCAAAUCAUUUGGACAAAGUGAAAAAGAUCAAUAUCAAACAUGAGCUAUUGGCUCCGAUGGAACAAGCAUAUCAGAAUUCGCUGACUUCCCUCAAAGAUUAUAUGACACGUGGAAAAUCCUCGGUAAUAAAUUACCAGAAGAGUUAUGACGAAUAA